GGUGGGAAUGCAAAGUGAAAACGAACUUAUUGGAAAAUUCUUUUGACAGGCAAAGAGUUUGUGUAAGACAGUAGCUGAUAACUGAUGUGUGAAACCCGUGACAAAGCUAUCAGGCGGGCAGGUUACAUCACAUUGCAUCACAUCUCUGUCGAUAGCAAAAAUGUCUGAAGCCAACAAGUUGAAAGGUUACGACUUUUGGAGGGAAACGCUUCGUUGUGCUAAGUAUGUUGUCGCCCCGAUGGUGGAUCAGAGUGAGUUAGCCUGGCGGUUGUUGAGUCGUCGUCACAAAGCAGAGCUGUGUUACACACCGAUGUUUCAUGCUGCAUUAUUUUGUCGGGAUCCACACUAUUCAAAAGAGAUGAUGACAACCUGUGAAGAAGACCGUCCCCUCAUUGUGCAGUUUUGUGCCAAUGAACCAGAGGCGUUGCUUAAGGCUGCCAAAAUGGUCGAGUCACAAUGUGAUGCAGUGGAUUUGAACCUUGGUUGUCCGCAGAUUAUUGCAAAGAAAGGUCACUAUGGUGCUUUUCUUCAGGAUGAGUGGCAGUUGAUUCAUGACAUGGUUAGCCUAUGCCACAAAGAACUUGCUGUUCCCAUCACUUGUAAAAUCAGAAUGUUCCCAGAUGUAGAAAAAACAGUGAAAUAUGCGAAGAUGCUGGAAGCUGCAGGUUGCCAGCUUCUGACCAUCCAUGGCCGUACAAAGGAACAGAAGGGUCGAUUUACUGGUUUGGCUGAUUGGAAACAGAUUAAAGCUGUCAAGGAAGCAGUAAAGAUCCCUGUGUUUGCAAAUGGCAACAUACAGUAUUUGAAUGAUGUGCAUCAAUGUUUGGAAGAAACUGGUGUCGAUGGUGUAAUGACUGCUGAGGGGAAUCUCCAGAACCCUGCAUUGUUUGAAGGUGUGCAGCCACCUUGCUGGCAAAUAGCUGAAGAGUACCUGACAUUAGUGAAGGAGUACCCAAGUCCAUUGAGCUACUACAGAGGUCACCUUUUCAAACUGCUCAUACAUUUCUUUCAUCGCCACACGGAUAUCCGAGAACAACUCAACCAAGCCAAGAAUGUAGACCAAUGUUUGAAGGUCAUAGAGAUCAUCAAACAGAAAACACUGGAAUUGGAGGAAGAGUUUAAGAAUAGUCGAUUGGUCUGUGAUGACGAUUUGCCCCAUCCAUAUUGGAUAUGUCAACCAUAUGUGAGGCCAAGCCCUGAAGAGUUGGAAAGACGUCAAGCUGAAAGUCAAAAGCGCCAACGCGAGGACGAUUCAAAACCUAAAGAAGAAGUUUAUGUAAACGGUGUCAAACUUUCUCGGAAUCAAAUCAAACGUCUGAAAAAGAAUCCGUAUUUGAAGAUUGGUCAGCCGAAACGAGAAUAUGAGAUUUGUGCUGUUGAGGUCUGCCACAAUCCCUCUGGUAAAAAUUGUCAACAUGGAUUGUGUAGAGCUUGCUGCAAGAAGACGACAGCGGAAAGUAGUAUAGUGUGUUUGGGUCACAAAAAGUCCAGACGUGAGCUUGACAAAAUCAAUCGACGUUCUGUAAAUUCAGAGGAAAAUGAUCAAAAAUGUGAUAUCACUGAGCAGAGGAAGACCCUAACUAACGAUGAAGUAACAAUGAAUGUCAAUCAAGUAACAACUAAUUCAGAACUGAUCACGGACGAUUGCAGAUAAUGAAAUGGGGCCCAUUGAGGGCUCGUGUACCACUACCAGCUUAUAACUUUUGACCAUAGUGAUUUUAAAGGGACAAUUCGUAACAGGGCUCUUUUGAUUUUAUUUCUGUUUUGCAUAAGGUUUUAUCUAUUUUUAUGACUAGCAAGUGUGAUAAUUAUUCUAAUUUCUAUUCUGUAGAAAGCUUGACGUAACAUCUCAAAUUAUAAAAUGAUUAUUAUUGAUAUAUAUGCGAAAGUCAAUGUUUUUUAUUGCAAGGGUACAAGAACGACAAAGAAUUUUUGCAAUUGGGAGAAGGUACAUCCUUGUGUGCUGCACUCUCUGUAAAUGAAUAAAUGUGGAAAAAGAUCAUG